UGGGUCUUACCCAAAUGGAAGCUUAUCAGAGGCCUGGCUAACGGAGAGCCCCCAAGCCCCAAGCCCCGCCUGUUCCCUCCAAUUCGCGCGCGCCAUGCGCGUGGACGUGUUCCUGCCCAGCGGCGCGGGGUGCUCCGUCGCGCUGUCGCCGGAGUCGAGCGUCGGGGAGCUGAAGGCAGAGGCGCAGCGCCGGCUGUCGCGGCGCUGCCUGCGGCUCGUCUUCGGAGGUCAGCCGCUGGAGGAUUUGUCCUCCACUCUGAGCGAGGCCGGGCUGCAGGAGGGGGCGGCGAUCUGCGCUGUGGUGCCGCCGGUGCAGAUCGCCGCGACGCGAGGAGCCUUCGCUCUGUGCGUCGCUGGGGGUGGUGUGGUGAUUUGGGGAAGCUCAGUGGAUGGCGGCUACGGGAGCACGGUGCAAGACCAGCUGACUCGGGUGGUCCAGAUUCAAGCGAACGAGCAUGCUUUUGCCGCCAUCCGGCAUGAUGGCACUGUGGUGACUUGGGGUGAUGAACAGUUCGGGGGUGAUAGCAGCCAGGUGCAAGAGCAGCUGAACAGGGUCCAGCAGAUUCAAGCGAGCAGCGGUGCUUUUGCUGCCAUUCGGGACGGCGGCUCUGUCGUAACUUGGGGCUAUGCAACUUUGGGUGGUGGCAGCAGCCGAGUGCAAGAACAGUUGACGCGCGUUACGCACAUCCAAGCAAACGCGGGUGCGUUUGCUGCCAUUCGGGAUGAUGGCUCCGAUGUGUCUUGGGGCGAUCCAGACUAUGUCUGUGACAUCAGCCAGAUGCAAGAACAACUGCAACAAGUGAAGCAAAUCCGUGCGUCGCGCGAAGGUGGUUUUGCUGCCAUUCGUAGAGAUGGCACGGUGGUGACUUGGGGUGAUAGAGACUAUGGCGGCGACAGCAGCCGGGUGCAAGCGCAGUUAGCACGGGUCCAGCAGAUUCAAGCGACCUUGCACGCUUUUGCCGCCCUUCUUGAGGAUGGCAAAGUGGUGACUUGGGGCGACAGACUCCAAGGCGGGGACAGCAGCGAGGACCAUCAACUGACGCAGAUCCAGGAGAUUCUUACGCCACCGACCGUGCCUUUGCGGCCCUUCGGGUCGAUGGCUGCGUGGUGACUUGGGGCGCUCCCAGCUCCGGCGGCGAGAGCAUCGAAGUCCAAGCGCAGCUCAGGCUGGUCCAGCAGAUCCAAGCAAGCGCCGGGGCCUUCGCGGCCGUCAAAGACGACGGCUCCGUGGUGAGUUGGGGCCCUGCGCACUAUGGGGGUGACAGUAGCCAGGUGCAAGGGCAGUUGAAGCAGGUGAACGAGAUCCAAGCAACUGCGCGAGCCUUCGCCGCCUUGAAGGAGGAUGGCACUGUGGUGGCCUGGGGCCAUCCAAAGUAUGGGGGCGACGCUGGCCAGGUGCAAGAGCAGCUCGUAAGGGUGCAGCAGAUCCAAGCAGUACGCGAAGGUGCUUUUGCUGCCAUUCGGGACGAUGGCUUUGUGGUGACCUGGGGUGAUCCACAGAACGGCGGCGACAUGGGCGAGGCUGAAGCUCGAUUGGACCUGCUGUGAGUCUAGCCGAGAGGGUCCCUCCCCUUGGGCGGCUUCCGAGAGGCGGCCUGCGACCGUUGAGCCAGCUCCCGGCCGUGCGGCUUAGCAUUAGGUGGCGACUUUUGGUAGAGAAAUCGAGGGCGACUCCGAUCGGUUUACCUGGGG